AGAAGGGGGAUGAAAGGGGAGAGGCCAAAGAUAAAGUAUGGGUGGUGUACUGUAUAGAUAGUUUAUUCAAGUGAGGGAUGAAUUCUGUUCCAUCCCUGGACUAAAUACACAUAAAUAUACCCAAAAGCAACAAACUAACUUACUCAACUAUAAUUGAAUCCUAUUCUGUAACACCCGGUCAUUGGACACACAGAUACUUGAGUAAACAGAGUAGACCAAUCAGAGGAGAGCAGCGGCAGGGUUUCACCCAAUAGGAGAGGAGAACUGAGCGCCUGGUAGUAUCCUAGAAGUAUCUUGAGUUAUCAGUCUGUAGGGAGUAUCAAGGGAUGAUGCACGGUGAGGGUUCAAGAAGACCUAAGUGUGCUAGAUGCCGGAACCAUGGAUUUAUCUCCUGGUUGAAGGGACACAAACGCCAGUGUGAGUUUAGAGAUUGUUCCUGCGCCAAAUGUAAUCUGAUCGCAGAGCGCCAGCGCGUCAUGGCAGCUCAAGUUGCGCUUAAACGUCAGCAAGCUGCAGAGGAUGCCAUAGCCAUUGGGAUACGGGCUGUCACAACAGGAGAGAAUAUGUCAGCGCUGCCACAAGGUCCUAUUAUAGGGCUGCCAAGGUUAGCAGAUCGUGAAACCAACGCUGACAGAAGAAUACGAGAUGUGGAAGAGUUUUCAAAGAGUAAACGGAAACUAGAUUUAGAGGACUCCCAUGAGACGUAUCUCCCCCGCCUCCCCUCUCCUCCUCCCCCUCCCCAACCCUCAAUAUUUCGACCUCCAGGAUUAGAGGACGAUCCUCCAACUAUGGAUAAGAUGUCCGUAUGGAGGUUACUCCAGUAUCCAGUAAUGUAUCGGCAUCAUCAUCAUCUUUCUUCUCCAUAUCUUCCUUUCCUUUCACCUUCAUCUCUCUCCCUCUCAUACCCUCCACUUGAAUACUCAAAGAAACUUUAAAUCAUUUUAAUUUUAUUUUAACUUAUACAUAUAUGUUAACUAUAUUGAUUAAACGAAAUUUUAAGUGACCCACCUGCAAAGAUGGCAAUGUCAGAUUCAGAACCGUA